GGGGCUGGCAUCUUCAGCUGGCAGAGCUCGUGAAGACAGUUGGUUAAAAUCCCUAUUUGUGCGCAAAGUGGAUCCAAGGAAAGAUGCUCACUCCAACCUCCUAGCCAAAAGAGAGACCAGCAGUCUGUAUAAACUACAGAUUCACAAUGUAAAACCAGAAUGUCUAGAUGCCUACAACAAGCUUUGUCAAGAGGUGCUGCCAAAGAUUCAUGAAGAAAAACACUACCCAUGUGCACUGGUGGGGACUUGGAACACGUGGUACGGAGAGCAAGAUCAGGCUGUUCACCUGUGGAGGUAUGAGGGAGGGUAUCCAGCUCUCAAUGAGGUCAUGAAUAAACUCCGUCAAAAUAAGGAAUUCACAGAGUUUCGCAAAGAAAGAGGCAACAUGCUUCUCUCACGCAAGAACCAGUUACUGCUGGAGUUCAGUUUCUGGAAUGAACCUGUUCCCAGAGAGGGGCCCAAUAUUUAUGAACUGAGGUCCUAUCAGCUUAGACCUGGGACAAUGAUCGAGUGGGGAAAUUACUGGGCUCGUGCAAUUCGUUUCCGACAGGAUAACAACGAAGCCGUUGGAGGAUUUUUCUCACAAAUUGGACAGCUGUAUAUGGUUCAUCACCUUUGGGCUUACAAAGAUCUCCAGACCAGAGAAGAUAUAAGGAAUGCUGCGUGGCAUAAACCUGGCUGGGAUGAACUAGUCUAUUACACAGUGCCACUUAUUCAGGAAAUGGAGUCCAGAAUCAUGAUACCAUUGAAGAUUUCUCCGCUUCAGUAAAGUCACUGAUUUACUUGUGCCUACAUAGAUGAAGUGACAAGUAUUUGUCUUAAAUUAAUUUAUGGUAUACAUUGUAUAUCAUAGUCUGAAAUAUAAAAGUACUGUAUUGAGCUUAUAAAAGAGACCUCUUUUCUUCAGA